AUGGCUGAGGGAAACCAUUCAGAAGUGAUGGAGUUUGUUCUCCUGCGUUUCACAAAUCUGCCAGGGCUGCUCUUUGUCAUUUUUUUACUGAUCUAUGUUACCACUCUGGUGGGGAACCUGGGUAUGAUCAUACUAAUCAGGACUGACUCUCAGCUUCGUGUCCCCCUGUACUUUCUUCUCAGCAACCUGUCUUUCCUGGACAUCUAUUAUUCUUCAUCUGUAACUCCUAAGCUCCUGUCAGGCCUCCUUGCUGAGAGGAAUAUAAUUUCUUUUAAUGGCUGCAUUGCACAGUUUUAUUUUUUUGCAGUAAUUGGCACUACAGAAGCUAUCCUUCUGGCUGUCAUGGGUUAUGAUCACUAUAUGGCCAUCUGUGAACCUCUGCACUUUUUGUCUGUCAUGUCCCCUAGAGUUUGUGUCCAGCUGGAGGCGGGCUCUUGCAUUGCCGGGACCCUGAAUGCCCUGGUGCACACUGGCACCCUCUUCCAACUGUCUUUCUGUGGCCCAAAUGUUGUCCAUCAUUUCUAUUGUGAAAUCCCUCCACUCCUGUUACUCUCAUGCUCUGACACUCGGGUCAAUGAGAUGCUGAUGGUUGCGAGUAUUGGUUUCAUCAUAACAACUUCAGCCUUGGCAAUCUUUGUCUCUUAUGCCUGCAUCCUGCUCACUAUCUGGAAUCUCCACACCGUGGAGGGCGGGCACAAAGCCUUCUCCACCUGCAUCUCCCACCUCAUGGCUGUUGCCCUCUUCUAUGGCUCUGCUGCUUUCUUGUAUCUACAUCCCCUUUCCAAUCACUCAGAAGAUCAAGGAAAAAUGGCUUCCAUCUUCUACGCUGUGGUGACCCCCAUGCUCAACCCUUUCAUCUACAGCCUGAGGAACAAGGAGGUGAAGAACGCCCUCAGAAGAGCGAUGAAGAAGUUCCUCUUCUGA